AUGUCAGGAGAACAAAAAGCCGGGGGACUUGACAGGUACGAGGCGCCAGAUGGCGGUUAUGGAUGGGUUGUGGCCGCUGCUGGGUUUUGUUGCAUGUUGUUUACACCAGGAUUGUCCGAGGCCUUUGGAGUAUUUUUCAUCGAAUUUAGAGAGUAUUUUGAAGUGGAUGCCCAACAAGUGUCUUGGAUCGCGUCUAUUAUGAUGUCCAUGACUUUCUUCUGCAGUCCCAUUGCAGCUGGUCUCUCGAAUCGUUUUGAUGUGCGUAGAACUAUAUUUCUAGGUGGGAUUCUUUCUAGUGCAGGCUUGAUAUUGAGUUCAUUUGCUACAAGUAUACCAUUUUUGUACAUCACCUUUGGUGUCAUAACUGGAGCUGCGUAUGGAUUGGUUGUUGUUCCCACAGUGUUGAUUAUUAGCUAUUACUUUAAGCAGAAACAUGCUAUGGCUAAUGGGAUAGCCUUCGCCGGGGCUUCAAUGGGAGUUGUGAUAUUUCCCCCCUUGUGCCAUGGUUUAAUUGAAUAUUAUGGAUGGAGAGGUUCGUUAUUUUUACUAGGCAGUAUAAAUUUAAACAUAUGCGUUUUCGCGACACUCAUGCGGUCACCUCCUCUGAAGAAACAUCCCGCACCGGUACCACAUGCAAAUGACAUCUUACAAGAGAAGCCUUUACUGCGACAUGAGGGACAGAGUAAUGCAUUAUCCGCUAAUAAUGAGAGCACCCAAACACAGCGACCAAAAGGAAUAGACUGUAAUAUUUGGAAAGACAACUAUCUUUUUACUAUAUACGUCAUUGCCGUGUUCUUUCUAGGCUUCAGCACUUUCACUCCACUUGUACAUUUAGUUCCACGUGCAGUGUAUCAGGGCGUUUCACACGGUAAAGCCGCUUGGGUUGUCUCUGUGAUUGGCCUCACCGGGUUUGCUGGACGAUUAUUCCACGGUGUACCAAUCAGUAAAGGCUAUGUUACCAGUUAUCAAUUCUUUACUAUUACAAUCUUUCUCAUUGGUUUCAUUACCAUUAUAUUUGGACCUAUCGGUGGUAGUUAUACAAAGAUUAUGGUAUAUGCAGCUCUGUAUGGUACAAUAAGUGGAUGCUACAAUCCCCUAGUGGCAGUUGUAAUGAAAGACGUUGUAGCUUCAGAUGCACUCAUGCCUACUGGUAUGGGACUCACACUUUUGAUCUAUGGAUUAGGUCAUUUGAUUGGUGCACCAGUAGCAGGUCGUUUAUAUGAUAUGACUGGCGGAUAUAAAGCGUCGUUCAUGGUCGCGGGUUUUGUUUAUAUUUUGAGCGGUUGUAUACUGUGCCUCAGGAAGUGUUGCGGCAAAUGUCAGAAAGGACGAGAUUUGGAGAUCAUAAAAGAAAGAAAGCGGAAAGAACGAAGACUACAAAGGAGGCAGCUCAGGGAACAACAACGGCUAUUGGCUGGUGAACAAAAACAACACAACGUCCGUGUUGAAGCGAAUAAUGUUGAUGGCACAGCUCCAUUAAAUUUCAGGAGUACUGCUGUGAAUAUGUAUGGUGAUUAUUCAGACGACAGUUAUGCUGAUAGUCUUGAAGAUACCAAUGUAUAAACAUUACGAUACCAUGGUGGUUGUCAAUACAUGUG